AAUGGUUCUGGGCAAGAUCUCCCUGGUCUGCAUCGGCAGCCCAUUGCGCAGAUUCUACUGCUUCAGGCACCCCUAGCAAACUUUUAAUUGCUUAUAACCCCGUGUCCUUCCCGGCUCCCCUCGUUCCCAGCUUCAAGUCAUGACAAGGACGCUUUGCCAGGCCUUGCGCACUGAUCUCAAUCAUGGCGACAACCACCACGAUAACGGCCGGGCCUACUGGCGAGCCUCAGGAGGCGGCAGCCAAGCGUCUUGCGGGCGCCGAUGUCGCUACUGCCUCAGAUGCCCUGGGUGCCGAAACUCCUCAGGCUCGUGACCUCAAAGAGGCACCGAAGCGGUCGCUCUGGGUCGCCUGGAUGUACAUCUUUGACUGGUAUCCUUCGCACUACCCCGACGACGAACGCAGAUUCCUGCGCAAGCUGGACGCAUACCUCUUGACUUUCACCAGCAUCGCCUUCUUCCUCAAGUGGCUCGACCAGAGCAAUGUGAACUCGGCCUAUGUCUCUGGUAUGAAGGAGGAGCUCAGUCUCUAUGGCAAUGAAUAUUCCAUGUUUCCCAUGUUCUACAACAUCGGAUACGUGAUCACUCAGAUACCAGCCAUGCUCUUUCUCUCGAGACCCAAAUAUACGAGAUGGUUUCUGCCGACUUGUGAGGUGCUGUGGAGUACCUUGACGUUUGCUCAGUCGCAGCUCCAAAGCGCCCCUCAGAUCUAUGGCACUAGGUUUCUCCUCGGAGUCCUCGAAACACCUGUGGCGUCCGGUAGCCUUUUCAUUCUUGCAUCGUGGUACAAGCCGGAAGAGCUCUUCAAGCGAGCCGGCUUGUGGUAUGUGUCCAACAACAUCGGCGUCAUGUUUGGAGGCUACCUACAGGCAGCCGCUUACACCAACCUGAAUGGCGUCCACGGCAUGGCAGGUUGGCGCUGGCUCUUCAUCAUCGACGGCUGCAUCUCGCUCCCGCUCUCUAUCAUGGGGUUCUUCAUCUUCCCCGGAAUGCCGUCCAGCAAGAAGAUCUGGUGGAUGUCCGAGAAAGAGCUCGAGCUCGGCCGCCUGCGGAUGAGGGAAGCUGGCGUCGAGGAGCCCAAGAAGAUCGGCAAGGCCCUGCUACGCCGCAUCUUUUGUCACUGGCACUGGUACGUCGGCGUCAUGGCAUACAUCCUGUUCCUCUCAGGCGCAUACCCGCACGGCCAGAUGGCGCUGUGGCUCAAGGACGAGGCCGCCAAGCACGGCACCUACUCUGUGCAGCAAAUCAACACACUGCCCACCGGCGCGCAGGCGGUAUCGGUGGUAUCAACGAUCCUCGCCACGGGGCUGUGCAUGAUCUACCCGACCUGGGCCAUUUUCCAGAUCGUCAUUGCGAUCGUGGCGUUCGCCAAUAUCUGCAUGAUGGUCUGGUUCAUCCCGAAUGCGCUCAAGUUCGUGUGCUUCUAUCUAUUUGGCACAACGGCGUGCGUCACCCCAAUCUUGGUGCCGACGGUCAAUGUCUGGCUCAAGGACUCCGCGGAGGCCCGCGCGUUCUUCAACGGCAGCAUGAUUACACUCGGGUUCGCGAUCAACUCGUUCUACCCCCUCCUAGUCUUCCCGCAGGUCGAGGCUCCGCAGUGGAAGAAGGGCUACAUCGUCAACUUUUUCUUCGUGAUUGGGUGCUGGGCGUUCCUGACCACGGGAUACUGGCUGCACAGCAGGUGGGAGAAACGUCAGCAGGCAAGGCGAGAUGUGGAGGCCAUUGAGCAGCAAAAGCUGUCGUAGAUACACAAAUGACAGCUCGACCGUGAGAUUAAUAAAUUCCUAGCCCGCGAUCGCUUUCAACGAG